AUGACGCAUUUCUCUCGACCAAGCUACGCUGCCCAGCCAGAGGCUCCCACAAGCAUCGAAGCGACACCUCGGGUCGGGUCACCUGAAUCUUUGACGGGUACACAUGGUUUUGGCCAGGAGAAACCAGCAAAUCCGUUCUUGACCCCGUACACCUCGCAAGAUCCAUCUCGAACUACCUCUUCUGCGGGCUUGCAUCAAAGCGUAGCCACACAGAGGUAUUUCCAUUCUCGAAGGGUGAAGAAAGGCGAAGUUGAGCGACCAUGGACCAAAGUGAAAGAUCCGAAGGAGAAGUGGGUGACGAUUAUUCCAAUGAUUGGCCUUUUCGUUGGGCUAGGAAUCGCUGGUUUCUUGGUCUGGGAUGGCCUGCGAACUGUUAUCAAUCACACUUAUUGUCCCGUCUACAUGAGCGACUUCCCGGGCAAAGGUCUUGAGGCCGAUAUCUGGACAAAGGAAGCUGAAGUUGGCGGCUUUGGUAAUGGCCAAUUCGAAGAGACCACUGUCACGAAUGAGAAUGUCUUCAUCCAGGACGGCAUGCUCCACAUCAAACCAACUCUCCAAGACGCUUCGAUAGUCGAGAAGAACAGCAGAAUCGACCUCUUGUCCCAGGGUAUCUGCACGUCAUCAGUCUGGACCAAUUGUAUUACCGGUACCAACACCAGUGCCGCAAAUCAAACAACCGCAAAUCCCGUCAAGUCUGGCAGAAUCAAUACCAAGAAGGGCAAAUCAAUCAAGUAUGGCCGCAUCGAAGUCGAAGCCAAGCUGCCUGCGGGCGACUGGCUCUGGCCAGCAAUCUGGCUUCUGCCUGCCGAAAGCAAAUACGGCGAAUGGCCUCGCUCCGGUGAGAUCGACAUUGUCGAAUCUCGGGGCAACAAUUGGACCUAUCCACAAGGUGGCAACAACAUCGUGUCGAGUUCUUUGCACUGGGGUCCAAAUGCAGCUAACGACGCGUGGUGGAAGACUAACGUGAAGAGGAAGGCUCUGCACACCACGUAUGCGAAGACGUUCCAUACUUUUGGGCUCGAGUGGUCGGAGAAAUAUAUCUUCACUUACAUUGAUACUCGACUGCUGCAAGUGUUGUACACCAAUUUCGAUCAGGACCUUUGGACCCGCGGCCACUUCCCUGACGCCGACAGCAAUGGCACCAAGAUCGUGAAUCCUUGGGGCCAGACCGGUAUAAAGUCAACGCCAUUCGAUCAAGGCUUCUAUCUCAUCUUGAAUGUUGCAGUUGGUGGGACAAAUGGCUGGUUUGAAGAUGGCAAGAACGGGAAGCCGUGGGUUGAUGGCAGUCGAGACCCACGAGGAGACUUCUGGAAAGCCAAGGACAUGUGGUAUCCGACAUGGAAAGAAGGCGGCGAGAUGAUUGUUAAGAGCGUGAAGAUGUGGCAGCAACAGGGCUACAAUGAGUGCAAUUGA